UGCGGAACAGUCGAGCGUCGACUGCGGGGUGGUCGACUCUGCAGCAGCGAAAGCACAGGGGCUGACGGCACGGUAGCGAGUGAGCGGUUGUGGAACACUGAGACUCGACUCGCUGCGGCUGUGAUGACGUCGACUGUCAGGUGGUGCCUGCUGGCGGCGGCGGCGCUCCUCGUCGCAACUCCAGAGGUCGCCGCUCAGAACCCGGAGGCGCGGCGGGCUGCAGCGUGGCUGGAGGCGAAGCGGCGGCCCGACGGCGGCUGGGAGGCGGCGUCGGCGCCGGGGGUGGCGGAGACGGCGCGCGCGGUGCUGGCGCUGCGCAUGGCCGCACUGUCGGAGGGCGCCGUCGCCACGGAGGCCGUGCUGCCGCCGGCAGAGGCGCUCGCCGUCAAGCAGAUGGAGCUCGAACUCGUGCUGCUGCUCUGGAGGCACCACGAGGCGCCGGUGUCGCCCCGCACGCUGGCUCGCUACUGCCUGGCGCUGACGGCGCUCUGCAAGGACGCCAGGAACUUCUACGGCCACGACAUCGUCAACAUGCUGCAUAACCACGAGGCGGGCCUGGAGGCGGACUACGCGCUCAGCUCGCUGGCCGUCUGCAGCGCGGGCCACAACGUGCGCCGCCGACAGAUCCGCCGCCUCAGCGACGUCGUCGACAGCGUCGCCGCCCACGACACGGACACGCUGUCGCUGACGCUGCUGGCGCUGUCGUGCACGGCGCCGGACCACCACCACCGCAACCUGGGCCAGCUGGUGCGCCGCCUCGCCACGGCGCUCGCCUCCAGGCAGACGCCCGCCGGCGGCUUCGGGCCGCCCUCCACCACCGCGCUCGCCAUACAGGCGCUGGACGCGGCGGACGCGGAGGCGGGCGCCUCGUGGAACCGAACGAGCGCGGUGGCGGCGCUGGUGGCCGAGCAGGCGGCCGACGGCUCGUUCGGCGGCAGCGUCGCCUCCACGGCGGACGCGCUGCUCGCCCUCAGCCCCCGGGGACUGGCCUCGCUGCGCGACGUGGGCUGCGCGCCGCACCGCCUGCCGCCAGGCCCGGUGUCCUUCGAUUUCGGCGGCAACUCGGCCCCUCUGGCGCCGCCGCUAGCCGCGACGACGUCCCCCGGGCGCCCUGACGGCGGCUCCAGCGCCGGACCCAGCGACGAGGUGGUGACGUCAUCCGGCAACCGCAACUCGAGCCAGCAGCCGGACGAGGUGACGGUGACGUAUUCGCUGUGGGUGGGCACCGAGGUCUCCGAGAACUACUCGCUCACCCUGCGACCCGCGCGCAACUCCAGCUUCUACAACGUCAUGAUGCUCGCCGCCCAGCAGGAUGAGCACUACCAGUUCGAAGCGACGGAGUGGCCUAACGGGCACUAUGUACACACACUGGCGGGUCGCAAGGAGGAAUCGGCCAGCUACCUGUUCUGGCUGCUGUACCAGACGCCAACGCUGCCAAACCCUGCAGAUCCUCCAUCAAAUCAACUCAUCACGCCUGUUGGUGUUGACGGGCUGUUCGUGGACGAGGGUGACCACUACCUGUUCUGGUACAAGAAACUGUAACGGCAGACGUGCGUCAUGGCGUCUUCUCUACCCUUCUCGCCGAUACCCUCUUCCGGGUUUUCCUGUUUUCAACAAUAGUUCAGAACUGUUUUUUCGACAAGCUACCCAGAAUUGAAUUUGAAAAAACGAUAAUGAAUUUUUUUUUUGCAACUUAUCAUUACUGCCUUUUGUAACACGCACUCUCCGAGGAGUGUGGAGGGUGCUGGAACUAGGUUGUCGAAUUUUCCGUAAUUUUGCUACUGCCAUCAUAAAUUUGUCAGAAAAUUAGGCGAAUCACAUUGUUGUUUUACGGAAUAUGCAAAAAGAACCUACUAUCCUAGUGAAUACUCUGAGAUUUGUAUUGCAACAUUUUCAAUAACACUUGACCACAAACUGUGUGGGUUUUCAGUAUCUUCGUGUGAACUCCUUUCAUAUCCAUCACUUCUCCAUUAUACAUACUACAAGCUACCCAAAAAUCUGACAUAGCAAAAUUACCUUCAAAAUGCGAAAAGCUGUGCAUUUAUACAUGUUUAAAGUAGAUUCCUCUAAACACACCUAAGUAGUAAAAAUACGCUCAGACAUUAAAGUUUGGCACAGAAAGCUUCACUUCACCUGUUUCGGUGAAGUAUGGAAGUAAACGCUAGUCACACAACUUAUCUCCAGUUUUAAUAGUCUGAGGUGUUCAACUCAUUGUGAAACUGCGUUUUCUAUACAGUAUUAUAAGUUCUAAAAAGGCAAAGAGAAAUGUGCUAGUCAUUUGCAGAGAGAGCCGAACUCAUAUAGCAAUCCUUCCUUGCGGUGAAAUUGAUUCAGCAGUUCUUUCAUGGCAGUAUCACAUUGUAUGAUUCAAGGUACAACGCUGACUACCUUCAACAGUGCAGCUUUCACAGGUAUUUCUUUGAAAACUGUGAAU